AUGGUUCGCGACGGCACGGUGGCGGAUCUUCUCUUCGCCUCGAUGGAGCUCGGGCCGAUCCGGACCUUCUACCUCAUGGCUCAGAUCAUAACGACGGUCGGCUACGGCGAUUUAGUGCCUGAGACCCAGGGGCAGAAGCUGGCCUGCACGGCCGUGGUGUUGAGUUCCACCCUCUUAGUCGCCAACAUAGUGAUGGCCUUUAUUUCUGAUGUGGAAGACAAGGUUGGUGAUGAAGUAGCGGCAGAUAUGAGUUCGAUGACCCUUAAUAUCAGCGCAUACGUCCAGGCAGAGCAAACGAGACAGGCCGGAGCAGACGAUAGUCCGACAGACUUUUUGGUGAAGCCGAACCAUUUGAAGCUCAAGCAACAGGAAGCUCGCUGGAAGCGAACCAGGCGAGAAUUAGUCAUCAGCACUGGGCUUUUCACUGCUUGCCUGGUGAUCGGCGUUGUUUUCUUUGCGCUGGCGGACGGGUGCAACACACACGAGUGCGAGAGUUCAGAGGAUCAGGUCAAAACAUGGGUCGACGCACUCUACAUGACCGUGAUAACAAUGACCACGGUCGGUUUUGGAGAUCUCGUGCCAAACUCAAGGAUUGGCAAAGGAUUCUCCACGCUUUGGAUGAUGGCCGGUGUCGCUGUCACAGUUCGGUUGCUGGGCAACGUCUCCAGUGCUAUAGAUCAAGCUCUUCGCGAAGAUGUGCAGACGGAGAUGACUCGCGAGCUUUUCCAUGACAGUGACAAGAAUAGCGAUGGCCAUCUGGAUGAGAUGGAGUUUCUGCAGCUCCAGUUUGUCCAAAACGGCCUUGCCUCACGACAACAGUUCGAAGAGGUUCGUGCACAAUUCAAGAUCAUUGCUGGUGACGAUGGUAAGAUCUCGGCAGACGAGUACGCAGCGUUCUUCUUGCCAGCGAGAAAAUCUGGCAAAAUGCGGUCAAGUCACAAGGGUGCCGCAAGUGAGCUUCGUGCAACACCAUCGGCAUAG